UGCUACCUGAUAUACGAUUCAUUCCAGGUACUGGCAGCUUGUCAGGCAGGUCUGACGUUCUCGAUAAUAGACCAGAGCAUAGGUCCUUACCCUGCCGACUGUGUCAAGAAGUUAUUGGCAUUAGCUCUCAAGUGCUGUGAGGAGCAAGAUAAGGACAGGCCCACGAUGCUUGAGGUUGUCCGGGAACUCGAGAACAUUACUGCGACGUUGCCACAGUCUGACAUAAUAACACCUGAAUCGGACACUCCCAGAUCUGCGACAUCGGGCUCUGUCCUGUCAUCUAUUUAUGGAAGGGACUCUUCCACGUCCUCUAAUUUGCAGGGGAGUGACCUUGUGAGCGGAGUCAUCCCCACCAUUCGCCCCCGCUGAACACGCCGGUAACUGUAGUUUUCUACUUUUGCUGCAUCAAUGUUUAAAAUCUGUAACAUCUGGAGUUUACCUUAUCAAAGAAUGCUGCUAGAACUUGAAGAUUUGGUGUUGAAUUUCCCAAUAGAUGUAUAAAAAAUAAUAGAUACAGUGACAUUCACUUGAUGCAUGAACGUAUAUAUAAGCCGAUAUAUCCAUAUGGAAAGAGCCAAUUUCGACUUGGUUUAAGAAGGUG